UGGGAGCCGAGAGAAUCUUUUCCCUGCCCUGGGAAUCUAUAUGGGGCCGAGCCUGGUCGGGGGGGUCUCCCUCUCCUCUUCAGGCUCCGGGGGCCCUAAAAGCUAGCACCUCUCUGGGUAGAGGUCCCCUGGCUUCCCCAGAUACCUUCUUUUCUGGCCGCAUCGGCGAGGAGCUGAGAGCGGUCGGGAGCGCUGUGUGGUGGCCGCGGUAUCAGGGAGCCGAGGCCGCUUCUUCCGGGUUCGGGAGCUCUGGGAUCGGCUGCGGCUCCUGCGCUCGGCGCUCCUCCCGUUCGGCGUGCAGCCCAUGUGACCGGAAGUGCGGGUCACAUGGGCGAAAGAAAGAUGGCGGCGCCCAGGGAACGCCGAGCCCGGCGGAAUGCACGCAGGGGGGGUCGACUCUGCAUGGCAUUGAGUCCCCCCCCCACCUGGAAAUAAGGAGGCGGAGCCGCGCGGCAACGGGUGGACCAGGUAGGACUUAAAUUGAAUGUCAGUUUGCUGUCCAGGUGUGGUAUGGAGGUCCAGAUGUCAGCUAUGCAGGACACUAGCGCAGACAUCCCUACCCCGAGUCAUGGGGAGAAAGACACCACGGUUAAGUCGCUGGGAGAGCCUAAAAAGAAACCCAGAAGAUGUGCGCUAUGCUCAAAGAGACUGGGGGAGGCAUAUAUAAAAGCCCUGUGUAGUGACUGCCUAGCAAAAAUCCUCAGAGACGAACAAUCCUCCCUUCUGGCAGACCUGAGAGUGAUUGUGAAAGAGGAGAUCCAGGCGGCCAGCUCUAGUGUAGCGCAGAAACCCUGUGCCGUCUCCCCUCCCCCCAAAAGACCCCGUGUGCUCAGGGAGUCGGAUUCUGAAGAAGAAGGCUUAUACCUUUCAGAAGGGGAAACCUUAAAGGGGGACGACGAUCAGGGUUCUUCCCAUAUGGCCGAUGAUCAGAGAAGAUAUUUCUUCUCACAAGAAGAUCUAGAUCCCCUCCUGUCGGCUGUAAGACAGACUAUGGAUAUAGAGGAAGAGGAACAGACUCGCUCGAUACAGGACGAGAUGUUCGGCGGCUUAAAAGCUAGGAAGAAAAAAUUGUUCCCGGUGAACGAGAAUUUGAAGGACCUAGUCAUAGACGAAUGGGCUGACGCCGAUAAGAGAUUGUAUAUACCGCGGGAAUUUAAGAACAGGCUUUUGUUCAACCCGGAGGACACAAAACUGUGGGAUGUAGUCCCUAAAGUCGAUAUCCAGGUGGCGAAGGUGGUAAAAAGAACCACCCUCCCCUUUGAGGACUCAGCCCAGUUAAAGGAGCCAAUGGAUCGGAAGAUCGACGGUUUGCUCAAAAGAGCAUGGGAAGUUUCGGCCAAUAGCAUUAACACCAAUAUUGCUGCUACGUCCGUGGCCAGAUCUCUGUGUCUUUGGGUGAACCAGCUGGAAGAACAUCUUAGGCAAGACACCCCUAAGGAAGAGAUCCUGGCGUCAUUACCCCUAUUUAAGAUGGCUGCAUCCUUUGUAGCAGACGCCUCAGCGGAGUCCAUAAGAUUUGCAGCAAAAACAGACUCCCUAACCAAUACGGCAAGGAGAGCCCUGUGGCUAAAACCCUGGUCGGGGGAUAUAGCCUCCAAGAAUAAACUAUGCGCCUUACCCCUUAAAGGUUCUCACCUCUUUGGUCCGGUACUGGAUGAGAUCCUGGAGAAGACAGCGGACAGAAAGAAGGGGUUUCCGGAGGAAAAAGGAAAGAAACCUUUGCCCUUUCGUAAGACAACCAGCAGCUUCCAGGGCACUCCCAGAGGUAAAGGGAAGACUGGAAGGUGGAGCUACCCCAAAGGGGGAAAAGGUCGAGGUUUCCUUUUUAACCCCAAUUCCAAGCCUGAGAAACAAUGA